UCCCAUUACCAAUAGUGUUUAGUCAUCCCGUACAACAAGAGCCAAACAAUAAACACCCACAUUUGGCGCCAUUUCUUGACAAGUGUACACAGCAGCCAGCACCAUGCCCAGGAGCCCGUCCAAGAGGGGUCAGCAGGCCAAGGACUGUGCCACGCUCGAUAAUUCCACCAAGAGUCAACACAAAAUCACCUUCCUGCCAAAUGAGCUCCUCUCCUCGGGCAGCGCGGAGGUGUUGCGGCUGUGUGACCCUCGCACUGACGCCGGGGCCAUGUAUGUGUUGGACAAGGACAAGAAGACACUGCAUGAGAUUAAGGAGUUUGACGAGGGCCACAGGUCUUGGUUCCUGGGCCAAGCAGUUGAGUCUAACGGGAAGCUGUACAUCAUCUCUCCCAUGGAUGUCACCUUCCUCAUCCUCCCCUACCUCAUGAAGUCCACCAGAGUCGUACCUCUCGACCACCUGUUGGAGGACGAACAGUUCCCGGAUGUGUCAAGCCUCGAGGCCGUGGUGGAGGGCAAGGACUUAUCACACGUCGCUGAGAGUAAAGGAAGCCGCGAUCUAUGUGCGUGGAAGUACAGCGAGGAGAACACACUUGCCUGGCUGUCCGGUCGUGUGGCUAAGCUGGCGACACUGCUGGAGGAGAAGAAGGUGCCCACGUCCACCGCCCAGGCCCUUACCUUUGUCAAGCCCAUGGACCCACGGCAGGCCAAGGAAGCCUACACGGUCCUGGCACACGGCAUCAUCUCAGAGUACCUCUCGGAAGGCCUCGCCAAGACACUACACAUGCACCUCAAGCUCCCUGACAGGCAGAUCAAGCCCAAGGCCAAGCCGGGUGAGGAGAACGUACCGCCGAAGAAGAUGAAGAUGUCGGGCCCCACAGAGGACUACAGCAAGGAUGGUGUUGGCGCGGCGAAGGCCCCGUCGCCCAUGACAGCCAAGGAGAAAGCUUUGGCCAAGUCAGCCGCAGGGUCAAAAAGUAUUAUGUCAUUUUUUGCCAAGAAGUGAAUAUUGAGAAAACGGAAAAAUGGAAAAAAAGUGAAGGGAGGAAUCGUGAAGGAACGGAAAAGAAUUGAUUUGUUUGGUUGACUCGUGCAUGGCGGAAAGGGAAAACAAGGAGCGGUACGGGAAAUAUGUGUAAAAAAUGAGGAAGGAAGUGAUGGUGGUGGUUGUCAUCAUCUCAAGAAAAGCUGGAAAACAGGAAGAAUCAUGAAGGAACGGAAGAGAAUUGAUUUGGUUGACUCGUGCAUGGCGGAAAGGGAAAAAAAGGAACGGUACGGGAUAUAUGUGUAAAAAAGGGGGAGGGAAGUGCUGGUGGUGGCGGUGCAGGUUGUCAUCAUCUCAAGAAAAGCUGGAAAACGGGAAGAAUCAUGAAGGAACGGAAGAGAAUUGAUUUGGUUGACUCGUGCAUGGCGGAAAGGGAAAAAAAGGAACGGUACGGGAAAUAUGUGUAAAAAAGGGGGAGGGAAGUGGUGGUGGUGGCAGUGCAGGUUGUCAUCAUCUCAAGAAAAGCCGAGUUACCUAUUUAAAUGAGUGUUAUGCCUGACUUUCCUUUACCCAAUUUGUCGAAUUUUUAAAUUUUUUUUUAUAGCACAGGGAGUAACUCAAAGGCAAUGAAAAGAAAGUGUAGAAAAAAAAGCCCGCUAAUUGUUGCUCCUUACACUAUUAUUAUUAUUUGUUCUUACGCACUCUUGUUUGGAUAUGUAAAGGUUUGAGUAUGUUUAUCAAUUCCCACACAGUUCAUCUUAACCAAAUUUUUGCCAUGAUAUAAACCCCCCAAAAUAGAUGAUGCAUAAACUGAUCACAAAUGCUUUGAUAUAUAUUAUGAAAUGGUUUGUGUAAGUGAUGAUUUUUUCUCAUUUUUCUCGCUUAGAGGGACCAUUAAGAAAUGCCAUCCCCGCUGCUACCAGGUUAAUACUCAUGUCUUGGCAAUUGAGCUGAGUUUUAUAAAUUAACUAGGAAUGUAUCAGUUUUUGUUUUUGUGUUCGUCAAUUCCCACACACUUCAAUUUGAUGCUCAUGUCUCGGCAUUUGAGGUGAGUUUUAUAAAUUAACUAAGAAAUGUUGUUCCCUGGCUCGGUUUUCUGGUUCAUAAUUUUUCUUGAGUAGCAGUUGGAGAGCUAAGUAUGGAUUGGCAUGCAUAUUCCCUGUCACUCAAGUUGUUUGGUAAUGCAUCAGAGCAGUGUAAUGAAAUAUCUCACACGA